GCAUUUUGUGGUUGUCCUUAAUUCAAAAGAGCUCUCUCUCUCUCCCUCUUUUCAUCUUCCCUCUCUUAUCUUUUUUGCUUUUUCAUUCCUCAGAUCUCCGCCAUUUUAGUUGAUUCUCAGCACUGUACCCAAUUUCACUCCUAAAUCGAAGGUCAGUUUCAUGGCAGAUAUGAACGGCAUAGAGUCAGAGAAGUCACAUUCAUGGUGGUGGGACAGUCACAUUAGUCCCAAAAAUUCUAAAUGGCUCGCAGAAAAUCUUGAGGAGGUGGAUCAGAGUGUCAAACAAAUGCUAAAACUGAUUGAAGAAGAUGGAGAUUCUGUUGCAAAGAAGGCUGAGAUGAAUGGUGAGAAUAGGCCGGUGUUGAUUGCUCAUGUUGAGGGGUUCCAUCGCUUGUAUAAGUCACUGGCCGAGCGCUAUGAUCAUUUGACUGGAGAAUUACGUAAGAACGCCUCAUCAAUGUUCCAAAUCCAGAAUUCAAUGUCUCACUCUGGCUCUGGCCAAGACUCAUCCAUGGCAACUCCUGAUCAGAAGUCGGGUCUGCACAAAUUAGGGCAGCAAGCUGUUGGCUUUGAUUCAUUUCUAAGCUCCGGUGGUAGUUCUGAUCUCUCUUUAAAGCAAGGCUCUGAGUCUUCAUCGCUGGCAUCAGAUUCCGAGUCAGAAUCAUUUGAUUCCUCAAUCAACAAGCAUUCAAUAUCACAUGUGACAAAGAAAGAGAAAGCAGAUAAUGAGCUGGAGGUACAAGAAAAUACGGACUGUGCAGCUUUGCUAAAAAGAAUCACCGAGUAUGAGGACGAAUUGAAAGAGUCGAAUAAAAUGCUUCAGAUUUCUGAAGAAGCGGUUGCAAGGUGGAAGGAUCUGUUCAAGAAGAGUGAAAUGGUUACUACUGUGCUUAUUGGUGAUUUGCAGGAUAAACUUGAGUCAGCACAGACAGAUUUAAAGAUGCAAGAGGCCAACCUUGAAAUGGAGAAAGGAAGGGUGUUAGAGCUACAAAUGGAAGUAGCUGAGUUGGAAACUCAGGUUUUAGAUUCCAAUCGUAGGAUUGGGACUUUGGUUGAAGAGUUAGAAAUAGCUAGAAAAAAGCUUAAGGUUUCAGAAGAGGAAAUUGGAACAAUGAAGGCUGGACUUUGCAAUGAAAUUUCUGAAGGCACUCAUCAAUUGCAAGCUCAGCUUGAAUUAGCUCAGAAAGAUAUAGCCAUGUUGGAAGCCAAGCUUGAUUCAGAGAAAAGGCUGGUUUUGGAGAUGCAGGAGAGAAUUGUAAGGCAUGUGGCUGAUGUAUCAGAGCGUGAUCAGGAUAUCAAGGAGUUGAAUUUUGCAUUAAGUAAUGCCCAAAACACCUUCUCUUUGGAUAAAGCAAAGCUGCAAUCUGAUAUUUCUGUUCUGUCAGAGCAAUUGGCUGUCUCAGAGGCAAGAGUUGAAGAAUCAGAACUGCGAAGCAAAUCCUUGGAAAAUGAGAUCAGGCAAUGUGAGGUUGAGAAAAAGGAAAUGAAGUCUUCGCAUGAAGCCCAACAGAAUGGUUUGUCAAGUGAAAUUGAACAAUUGAAGGCAGAUGCUUCUGAGAGAAGUGAACUUAUGGAAGCUUUGAAUAAAAAGCUUGACAUGCUAAAACUGAAAUAUGACAUGGUUGUGGCAGAGAAAGAUGGGUUCAAUGCUAAGGUACAGACACUCAUUGCAGACAUGAAUUCUCGAGACAACCAGAUCAAACUGCUGGAGGAGCAAUGUGUGGAGCUGAUAGCUGGAUCUGAAAAUGCAAGGGAGUUAGUUGAUGCACUAAGACUCAGAGUGGGAGAGUUGGAGAAAGAGGUUGGCAUGCAGAGAGUUGUGAUGUCGGAUAGAGCUGAGGAGAAGAGGGAGGCUAUACGGCAGCUAUGUUUCUCGUUGGAGCAUUACAGGAAUGGGUAUCAUGAACUUCGACAGGCAUUUAUUGGGCACAAGCGUCAUGCAGUUUUGGCUUCUUAAAAUUCAGUAAGUCAGUCCUAGUGACAGUUUCAAAAGUGGCUUUGCAUUUUGUGUCUUUGUGGAAACCUUUAUAUAUAAUUAUCUGCUAUGCUACAAGUUUUGAAACUUAUGUGUUUAUUUAUAGCAUGUAAUCACAUUGGAUUAGAUGUUAUUGUAUCAGAAUUUAAUCAAUCUGGAUGCUGCUGUAAGCACUAGAAUGUGCAUUUUAGUGUAUCACUGUGUUGAAAUUAGCAAAUCAUAUAAUUAUAGCAGUAUUCUGAACA